AUGACUACCCCAUUCCGUUUAUUCUCUCUUCCAUUUGUUCCUCUUAAACAAGUCUUAGACAAUAUUGGACCACAAGGAAUAAUAAUCCUCUCUCUGUGCUCUCGAAGAUCGAAGAGCAUUGCGGUCACCUAUAGAGGACCUUCCAAAGAUGUUCGGCUGACACUAGACUUCGGACUGUGGGAUUGCGUGGAAGACUCCAACCAUUCUUGUAUGAAUAUACUGUUAUCAGUGGAAGAAACAGGAAACCUUCCAAUGGAUGAGACACUGGAAACUGUCAGAAUUGGAAAUUUUUUGAAAGUUCCAGUGAAAAUGGAAAAACAUAUUGUGAAGGGAGUAAAUCUAAUAACAUAUUGGAAGGAUCGAAUCACUGGACUGGCAGCAAUUGGAGAUUGCGCUCGUGAAAUAUUCAAUAAGAAUAUUUCUGAAGUGUGUAUUUAUGAUAAGCAAGAAAAGAAUUGGCUUAGACGAGCGGCCGCGUGGGUAAGGAAUUCUCAAGAGACAUUCCAAAUCCUCCGUUGUAAUUUCGUACCGAAAAACCAUAAAGAUCUCGAUUUUAUACUUGAAAACUCUAACUGCACUGAAAAACUGUUUCUUUGCGUGAGGCCAUGCGAACACUAUAGUCCUGCUAAACUUCCAAAUUUCCGAAUCGAUAGUCUUCAUGUUUAUUAUAGUUACUGGAUCAAACAGAAUCAUUUAUUAACAAUGGACUGCAAGUAUAUAUGGCUGCAAGACUCAAAACUGAGCAGCCAAGACUUGAAUGUGUUUUUGAAGCAUUGGAUGGCUGGAGGAUGUUCUAAAUUGGAACAAUUUCGUGCUUUUGUUGAAGAACCAACUGAUUAUGAAAUUGUGUUUGACGGUGUGCAGUUUACCGAAAGAGAAAAUGAUGUGGCGAGAGGUUAUGUCAAUGAAGAAAGCAAACACUAUACAUUACGAGGCGGCUUUGAUAUCAAACGAAUAAGUGAUAAUAUCACAGCGACUAUUCUAAACAACGGUGAGAACUCGAGAUUCUUUUUGUUGAUUGUUUGGCCAGAUUUCGCUGGAAAUCCCUAUUGA